UAGAUACUGGAGCCAGCAGCUAAAAAAACAUCCAUGAUUCACUUGAGAAGAAAUAUAGGGAGAUAAUGAGAAGAGAAGUAUAGUGACUGUUCUGAGUGAAAGAUUGAUAGAGGGAGAGUGAGGGAAGGAGAGAGAGACGCACGUGGUGGUCUUGCUGUGUGUGAGGGUCACUCUGCUAUUCAUAGCUAAGAGUUUCCUCUAGUGCUGCUUAGGUCAGUUUAAAUACUACGACAGAAAGCGUCUCUUUAAAACACAGCGUUUAUUAUAUUUACACACACACAUAGACCAAGGAAGCUGUACAACGUCGCUAAGCUGAGUUGUGAAAGCGAUGCAGGCCCAGGAUCUGAUCCGGCACCUGCGGAUGCCUGAGCUGGAUGAUUUGAGGCAGUAUGUGCGCAGUUUACCCACCAACACCCUCAUGGGCAUGGGUGCAUUCGCUGCCAUCACCACAUACUGGCUGGCUACCCGUCCCAAAGCUCUAAAACCACCCUGUGACCUCACUAUGCAGUCCGUGGAGGUGCCGGGUAAGGAAUAUGCACGUCGCUCUAUCCUAAUGGACAAUGACACACACAUGACGUACUACUAUAAAGACGCUCUGACACUGUAUGAGUUUUUCUUACGAGGACUACGAGUGUCAAACAAUGGUCCUUGUUUGGGGUCGCGAAAGGCAGGCCAGCCAUAUAAAUGGCUGUCGUAUAAGGAGGUUGCAGACAGGGCAGAGUUUGCAGGUUCAGCUUUACUCCACAGAGGUCACAGUCAAUCAGGAGACAAAUACAUUGGCAUCUUCGCACAGAACAGACCGGAGUGGACGAUUUCAGAGUUGGCAUGUUACACAUAUUCACUGGUGGCAGUGCCACUGUAUGACACACUGGGUACAGAAGCCAUCAGCUACGUCAUUGACAAAGCUUCCAUCACCACCAUCAUCUGUGACAUCGCGGAUAAAGCUCGUCUGAUCCUGGACUGUGUGUCUGGCCGGAAGCACAGCGUCACGACUAUAGUGAUCAUGGAGAGCUUUGACAGUGAGCUGACAGCACAAGCACAAAACUGUGGCAUCGACAUUAUCAGCCUCAAGGAGCUGGAGGCUAUUGGCAAAGCAAACCACAAGACACCCAUUCCUCCUAAACCUGAAGACCUGGCACUGAUUUGCUUCACGAGUGGAACUACAGGAAAUCCAAAGGGAGCGAUGCUCACACAUGGAAAUGUUGUUUCCAAUUGUUCUGCUUUCAUUAAAAUUACAGAGGUUCAUUGCAUGCUUAACCAGACAGAUAUUCACAUUUCUUACCUACCACUAGCGCACAUGUUUGAAAGAGUGGUCGAGGGUGUGCUUCUGUGCCACGGGGCCAAGAUUGGGUAUUUUCAGGGUGACAUCCGUCUCCUUAUGGAUGAUUUGAAGAAUCUUAAGCCCACUAUAUUUCCCGUAGUCCCAAGACUACUCAACCGCAUGUUUGAUAAGAUUUUUGGCCAGGCGAACACUCCUCUUAAAAGAUGGCUGUUGGAUUUUGCCACCAGCAGGAAAGAAGCGGAACUAAAAAGUGGAGUUGUGAGGAAGGACAGCAUGUGGGAUAAAUUAAUCUUCAGCAAAGUGCAGGCCAGUCUUGGUGGGCGCGUGAGGCUGAUGAUCACAGGAGCUGCUCCAGUGUCUCCAACCGUCCUCACUUUUCUGCGAGCAGCACUGGGCUGCCAGUUUUAUGAAGGUUACGGGCAGACAGAGUGUACUGCAGGCUGCACAAUGUCACUUCCUGGAGACUGGACAGCCGGUCAUGUGGGAGCGCCGCUGCCCUGUAACUUUGUUAAGCUGGUGGAUGUAGCUGAAAUGAAUUACUUUGCUGCAAAUGGAGAGGGAGAGGUGUGUGUGAAAGGACCAAAUGUGUUUCAAGGUUACCUGAAAGACCCGGAGCAAACCUCAGGGGCUGUGGAUAAAGCCGGCUGGCUGCACACCGGAGACAUUGGCAAAUGGCUUCCGAAUGGCACUCUGAAGAUUAUCGACAGGAAGAAACACAUUUUUAAGCUGGCUCAGGGUGAAUACAUAGCUCCAGAGAAGAUUGAGAACAUCUACAUCCGCAGUGACCCUGUGGCUCAGGUCUUUGUGCAUGGAGACAGUUUGCAGGCAUGUUUAGUGGGUGUUGUGGUUCCUGAUCCAGACUUUUUGCCAGGAUGGGCAAAGAAUAGAGGCAUUGAGGGAUCCUUCAAUGACUUGUGCAAAAGCAAGGAGGUGAAAAAUGCCAUCCUAGAGGAUAUGAUUCAGCUUGGGAAAGAAGCUGGACUGAAGUCUUUUGAACAGGUGAGAGACAUCGCUCUGCACCUGGAAAUGUUCUCUGUUCAGAACGGCCUCCUCACACCAACACUGAAAGCUAAGAGAACCGAGCUGAAGAGCCGCUUCAGAGAGCAGAUCGACCAGCUCUAUGCCAAAAUCAAAAUGUGAGCAGCUGGACAGAGACCGAAAGACCCCCCUCCUCCGUCUACACUGACUGAACUACAACACCCCAGAAUACACACUUUGACAAAGGAGCUGCUCCAGUUCUGUCAUGCUGUUGGGAGUGAAGGACCACUAGUGGACUCUUUUUUUUUUUUUUAAUUUUUGUUUUUUUUUCUACCACUUGGAGGAGCUGUAGUCAUCCCUCAGCCCCAUCAGCAAAGCACAUGCCAAACAUUUCACCAGCCCUGAUCAUCAUCUGGGACGACAACUGAAGAAAACUGGAAGCUGAACCAACCCAAUGCCUUAGGCCGGUCAAUGCCUUGAGUCUAAUAAGCCAGACGAGAUCAUAUUAAUUCACACGACACACUGAAACAGCUGGGGCCUCAGUUAUAAAGUCUAUGCUCAGAUUUGAUCUUAGUGUGUGUGCACGUGUGUGUGUGUGCGCUUAAAUCCAGAGCUUGUUCAUAUUUAUAAAUAUAUAUUAAAAAAAAAUAGCGAUUCGAUUUCGAUUAAUCGCACAGGUUUGGGAAUUCGCCUGCUCAGAUCUUGACAUGUUAAACAUUUCCUGGUGUUCUUUUGCGAUUAGCUAAUCACAAAAGGGCUGCAAUAUGAAAUAUACAUGUACUGUAUUCUUUAAUCUUCCACACCCAGAGCAAAUGUGUGACUGUCAUCUGGGUGUGACAUUCUUACCUGCCAAUUGAGUGAGCACACUUUCAAUCUGCCCAAUUAGAAAUCAGAAAAGAAAGAGGAAAGCGCUGACAAGUGAGGUAAUGGCGUCUGCUGCUUUAGAAGCAUUAAUAGAUGGAUUAAUAUCAAAGAAAAACAGUACAUUGGUAAUAUGGGAACAUUUUGUUUUCAGAGUCACAGCCACCCAACAAAAACAGGUCAUUUUUAAGAGCUGUCACAGAAUUGUUGCCAAUGCUUACAGAUUAUCGAGCUGAAGCUUGACUACAAAAUUAAUUCAUAAUUCAAAUCGCAAUAUCUGUCAGAAAAAUCGCAAUUAGAUAUUCUCCCCAAUUCACACAGCCCUAUCAAAGGAGCUGAUAAUUUUGCCCUUAAAAUUGUGUUUAAAAAAAUAAAAAUGGCUUUUAUUCUUGCCAAAAUCAAACAAAUAAGACUUUCGCCAGAAGAAAAAAUAUUAUCGAACACUGUGAAAAUGUUUUUGAUGUUAAACAUCAUUUGGGAAAUUAAAAAAAAAGAAAAAAAGAAAAAAAAAUUCAAAGGCGGGCUAAAAUUUUUGAAUCUAACUGUAUAUGCACAAAUAUAAUAUUGUAUAGCUUCCUAUUAAUAAUGAGUUUAAAAGAUUAAUUUGUGAGGGGUGAACUUUAAUAUGCUGAGCACUGUAUUUGUACAAAAUAUAUGUCAGUAUAUUAAUGGCACACUAAAGACACAUUAGUAAAGUGUAAACCAAGGGUCACCGAACUCGGUCCUGGAGGUUUGGUGUCCUGCAGAUUUUAGCUCCAACCCUAAUCAAACACACCUGAACAAGCUAAUCAAGGUCUUACUAGAUAUACUUGAAACACCCAGGCAGGUGUGUUGAGGCAAGCUGGAGCUAAACCUUGCAGGGACACCGGCCCUCCAGGACCGAGAUUGGUGACCCCUGGUGUAAACAUAAAGAAUGUUUUUAUGCGCACAUUACUUUUCUCAGAUUUGCACUUGCACACUUUUGAGAAAUGAUCUCAGAUCUAAUUUAGCAAGGAUUCUCUUCAUCGUUUUAUAAAUGAGGCCCCUGACAUGCCAAAAACUGCUCAUUUUUAAAUCACUUACGGCUAUUUUCGUCCAAACUAAUUUAAAUAUAUCCAUUGUGGUUUCCACAACUUCUGUAAAUGUAUAUUUCAUUGUAAAAGUUACUGAUUGUAACACUGCUUCUGUUAUGGUUAACCAUGUGUUUGGCAUAUUGGAUGUCUAUAUAUAAUUUCCUCAAAAUUUUCCAUUGACUGUAGAAUGACAGCACAAAUUGGAUUGGUCUUUAUUUAAUGGUUAUUUAUAUUAUAGAUCAGUGGUUGAUCGUCAGAUUCCACUCACAGCACAACCAAUUCUAAAAACAACUCAAAUGUGCCUCUCCUGGAGAUUUAAAGCUUGUGUAUAUAUUAUCUAUUUAUGUUUGUACAUCUUUAACGUAUUCUGGCUCAUUCAAACUGUGCAAAUGGUUACUUGUAGCAUGCCGGUGCUGAAGACAGAAAUAAAUUGAUGGCGUUGUCUUUUACCAGUGUUUGGUUUUUGUUUGUUUAUGCUUUUAUUUUGCUUAUCAAGAUGCAGAUGACAUUUCCUGUUUUGUUUUGGAAACACUGAAAUUGUAGUAAUGCUUUAGAUAUUAAACUGUUCUAAAUAUG